UCUGAGCAGCUUUCAGAAUGACAGUCUGCAGAAGUGAGCUGAGCGUGUGCGCGAUACGGGGCUCUCCUGCCUUCUGGGCUCCAACGCAGCUCUGUGGCUGAACUGGGUGCUCGCCACCAGAAAUGCUGGGCUAUGGAAUACAGAUGUGGCAGCUCAGGUAGCUUCAUGUUGCCUGAAGGAAUACAUCUUGCUUUCUGAUAAGAAGAAAUUGUAGAAGCUUUUUUUUUUUUUUUUACACCACCUCCCCCCACCAAAAAAAAACUGUAAAGAUGCAAAAACGUAAUAUCCAUGAAGAUCCUAUUACCUAGGAAGAUUUUGAUGUUCUGCUGCGAAUGCGGUGUUGGGAUUUAUUUGUUCUUGGAGUGUUCUGCGUGGCUGGCAAAGAAUAAUGUUCCAAAAUCGGUCCAUCUCCCAAGGGGUCCAAUUUUUCUUCCUGGGUGUCAGCGAGCCCUGACUCACUACAGAGCAGCUGACAGGGGCUGUCAUGCAAGUGGCCCCCUAAGCCAAAGCAAAAGACCUAAGGACGACCUUUGAACAAUACAAAGGAUGGGUUUCAAUGUAAUUAGGCUACUGAGCGGAUCAGCUGUAGCACUGGUUAUAGCCCCCACUGUCUUACUGACAAUGCUUUCUUCUGCUGAACGAGGAUGCCCCAAGGGCUGUAGGUGUGAAGGCAAAAUGGUAUAUUGUGAAUCUCAGAAAUUACAGGAGAUACCCUCAAGUAUAUCUGCUGGUUGCUUAGGUUUGUCCCUUCGCUAUAACAGCCUUCAAAAACUUAAGUAUAAUCAAUUCAAAGGGCUCAACCAGCUCACCUGGCUGUACCUUGACCAUAACCAUAUCAGCAAUAUUGAUGAGAAUGCUUUUAAUGGAAUACGCAGACUCAAAGAGUUGAUUCUGAGUUCCAACAGAAUCUCCUAUUUUCUCAACAAUACCUUCAGACCUGUGACAAAUUUACGGAACUUGGAUCUGUCCUACAAUCAGCUGCAUUCUCUGGGAUCUGAACAGUUUCGGGGUUUGCGAAAGCUGCUGAGUUUACAUUUACGGUCUAACUCCCUGAGAACCAUCCCAGUGCGAAUAUUCCAAGACUGCCGCAACCUGGAACUUUUGGACCUGGGAUAUAACCGGAUCCGAAGUUUAGCCAGGAAUGUCUUUGCUGGUAUGAUCAGACUCAAAGAACUUCACCUGGAGCACAAUCAAUUUUCUAAGCUCAAUCUGGCCCUUUUUCCAAGGUUGGUGAGCCUUCAGAACCUUUACUUGCAGUGGAAUAAAAUCAGUGUCAUAGGACAGACCAUGUCCUGGACCUGGAGCUCAUUACAAAGGCUUGAUUUAUCAGGCAAUGAGAUCGAAGCUUUUAGUGGACCUAGUGUUUUCCAGUGUGUCCCAAAUCUGCAGCGCCUCAACCUGGAUUCCAACAAGCUCACAUUUAUUGGUCAAGAGAUUUUGGAUUCUUGGAUAUCCCUCAAUGACAUCAGUCUUGCCGGGAAUAUAUGGGAAUGCAGCAGAAAUAUCUGUUCCCUGGUAAACUGGCUGAAAAGUUUUAAAGGACUGAGAGAGAAUACAAUUAUCUGUGCCAGUCCCAAAGAGCUGCAAGGAGUGAAUGUGAUUGAUGCAGUGAAGAACUACAGCAUCUGUGGCAGAAGUACCACCGAGAGGUUUGAUCUGGCCAGGGCGCUCCCAAAGCCAACGUUUAAGCCCAAGCUCCCCAGGCCGAAGCAUGAAAGCAAACCCCCUCUGCCCCCCACGGUGGGAGCCACGGAGCCUGGCCCAGAGACUGAUGCUGACACUGAGCACAUCUCUUUUCAUAAAAUCAUCGCAGGGAGCGUGGCCCUUUUCCUGUCUGUGCUUGUCAUCCUGCUUGUUAUCUAUGUGUCGUGGAAGCGGUAUCCUGCCAGCAUGAAGCAGCUGCAGCAGCGCUCCCUCAUGAGAAGGCACAGGAAAAAGAAAAGACAGUCCCUAAAGCAAAUGACUCCCAGCACCCAGGAAUUUUACGUAGAUUAUAAACCUACCAACACGGAGACCAGCGAGAUGCUGCUGAAUGGGACGGGACCCUGCACCUAUAGCAAAUCAGGCUCCAGGGAGUGUGAGAUACCUUUAUCAAUGAAUGUGUCAACUUUUCUGGCAUACGACCAGCCCACAAUAAGUUACUGUGGGGUGCAUCAUGAACUUCUCUCUCAUAAGUCUUUUGAAACGAAUGCACAGGAAGAUACGAUGGAAACACAUCUAGAGACUGAGCUGGACCUGAGCACAAUCACAGCAGCUGCCCGAAUCACUGACCAUAAACAGCCGCUGGCUUAACUGAGCCAAGUGGUAACCAAGAGUUGCCACCAAACUGUGUAACCUCAAGGACAAAAUGAGGAAGAUUUGUUCAUUGUGGACUCUAAAAACAACACAAUCCCCUGUUAAAAUAAACAAAAAUCCAAGAUUGAUUUAUGAAAUAAAGAAGACAUGAAUUGUUUCAAGUCUACACUUUGUAAUUAGCUAAGUUGUGCAGUAUUUUUUUGACUUAAAAAGAGUAUGACCUGAAAAAAAUCUUUUUUUUUCCUCAAAAUUCAUCCUACCUAUCUGUAAAAACUGUACAGAGCUAAUGUAUUUUUCAUAUUGUAAAGUUUCAAUUACAGAAACAAUUGGUAUGUACAGUACCAUAAUUUAAUUACAUUUUACUUUACAAACUUUACAUUUCAGUUUCUAAAAUUUUAAAUUAACAAACAUUAUUUCUUGUGUUAUUCAGAGUUACUCAGUUUUGUAGGGACUGUUUUGUUACUGCUUUUGUGCCCAGAAAUCUUGACUCUAAAAUUCUGUGCUGUGCAAAACAUGCACGAUUUUUAUCAUGCUUACUGCGUAGAAUUUUAUCUACUUGUUCCAGAAAUAAUACAUUAACCAAAAAGGGUUUAAUUGUUAAGACUUGUAAGAAGUUCUUCAAUUACAUAGACAGGUUUUUCGUAUAAAUGAAAAAAAAAAAUCAAAGAUUUUUUUAACACUUCUCAGAUUAACUGUUGCCUUGAAUUACAGCCUAGUUUCUAAGCAGUGAAAUGUAAUGAUAAAGAGGGAUAUUUUUAACAAUAUAUUUCCGAAUGAAUGACUCAUUAUUUCAUUCUUUUGAGUAACCCAUUGUUUAGGGUGUGGGGGGAGCAUGGACAAAACAUCACUGGAAACAAAGGCCGUAACCACAGCAACAGAUUUUGAUACACUUAAAAGGUACAGUUGCCAGGGACAAAGAAAAACUUGUUAACAUCUCAUUAUUUUAGGCCAAGGUGGGAGGAUAAAGCAUAAUAAUUGAACAGUAGAAAUUUUUCUCUUAAUUAACCUUAAGUGGUUUACCUAAAAAUAACCAUCAGUCUGGGCAAAAUGUGCCUGGUUUUUAAAACAAUUUCUCCUUUAGAAUGGUGAGGCUACAUUUUAGGAUCAUCUCAAAGGGAUGAAAAUUUUCACUUUGUGUGAAAAUAUAUAUGAAAAUUUUCACUUUGUGUGCUACAUCAAUUUUCUCCUGGGGGAGAACUCUAAAUAUUUACAGCUCAUUCAAUAUAAACAAGAGCCAUUGUGAAGAACUUUAUCACUGAAGUAGACUGUAAACAUCCUUAAAAUAUUCUGUACUGUUUAUAUUGCUAUUUUAUAAUGAGGUUCACAUCCAAAUUAUCUGAAAAAUAACCAGAGUAAUUUGAAACCACCCUGGAUCCUAUAUUGAUUAUCUGAUUGUAUUAUAAAGCUAAUUCAAUCAAAUUAUGAAAACUUAACUUUUCAGAGGCUGAAAUAAUCAACUUGUUUCUGUCCUUUGCUUGACACAGGUUACUGUUUGAAAAUAUUGUCAUUUUAUCUAUGGUAUUCAUACAUUCUUUUGUGUUUUGUGAAACAUAUAAGUUUCAAUUGCUGAUACACUAGGAGACGUGCAUUUUUAUGUUGCCAUGUUUUAUUUAUGACAUCAAAAAUAGGUUGAGACUAUAUCUAAUAGGGAUAAGACAGUCAAAAUAAUGAAGAAAAUAAUUUGUGAAAAUUGAUGUCAAAUAUUUAAUUUUGUAUUUCUUCCAAAGAAAUUCAAAUUUGUAGUUUUAUGCAGGUUUAUCAUUGCAAAUUUAAGAGCAGCUUCAAGAAGAAUGAAUUUAAAUAAUGAAGAGCAAAUUUUUGUUGAAAAUAUAGUCAGAAGAAAAAAAAAAACAGUGUUGGAAGAGCAAACUUACUAAUUUAAAUGAAACUAAAUGUCACAGUACUUGUAUCAACUACUUUGCA